GAAGUGUGACGUCACACGGCCUGUGUGCGCGUGUCUGUGUGUGUGUGUCUAUCGAUUUUCGUGCCCGCGACACGCGCGCAUCCGGGGACGACCUGGUGGCCUGACCGUUUAUCGUUUUUCCGUGGCGUGUGUUUGACCGCCCGACAGCAGUAGUAUGAGCACAUCCGUAUCAUCUCCGGCGACCGGUGCUGGUGAGGUGGCAGGUACGGCACCCGGUGGCCUCAAGUCGAGCUAUCGGCUCAGCCUGAAACGACAGUCCCCAAGCUACGAUGGUACCGAGCUGGGCACACGCGAAACCUGGAUCUCGACGAACAAAAUCCUCAACAGCAGCUACUGUGGACGGCGCACCAACAGCCGCAAUCCGAACUUUGACUACGACGAGUCGAAGCUACUGAUCUCGCUCUGGGGUGACCCGCAAGUCCAGAAGGCACUCAUCACCACCCACAAAAAACACCCGGUCAUUGCCGAGCUGGCACGGAAGAUGCGAGAGCACGGUUACAACCGGUCAACCGAGGAGAUUAAUACGCGCAUCAAGAAUCUCAAGUGUUUCUACAAUCGCAUCAAGAAGGAUAUGGCGGCGGGCCUGAUUAAUCAGACCACCUGGCGGCACUACGCCGAUAUGGACGAAAUCAUCAGUCGGCCAGUGUUCGGUAAUCGGAAGAAAUCGGAUCGCGAUUCGCUGGACGAGGAUGGGCGGAGUACGCAGAGUUUGGAGCUGGAGCUGCCCCCGCUACCGUCCGACGAGCCGCUUCCGGUGAAGCUAGAGCUGAUGAGUGAUGACGACGACGACGACCGUGAUGAUGAUGAACCGACCGAGAUACGGGCCGAGGACCUGCUAACGAUCGAUGCCAGUUUCCCGGAGGAGAUGAGUGCGGCCGCUUCGUCGUCUUCGUCAUCAUCGGGGGUAGGUGGCAGUGGUGGCAUCGCUAAGAAGACCUAUCCCUCGACCGCAUCGCGUAGUAAUGGUAGAACCAACAGUGAUGUUGGCGCUGGCAGAAGCAGUGAGCCUACUGCAACAACAGCAGCAGCUGCAGCAGCAACAUCUGUCCGGAAAGUGCGAGCUGGUGGUAACGGUGGAAAUGCUGAUGGCGGACAGGAUGACGACGACGACGACGAUGACGAUGAGGAUGAUGAUGAGGAAGACGACGAUGAUGACGAUGACGAUGGUAGUGAUUUUGAUGUCGAGAAUGAAUUCAACGAUGGAUUGGACGAAAUCUUACUGAAAGCACAAUCGAAAGGCAAUGCAUCGGGUACUGGCACAAAAACGAUCACCGGCAACAACAGUGGCAAAUCGUCGACGGAUGGCACCGCUGCUAGCAAAGGCCCUGCAACGCCGAGCACAUCGGUCGCAGCGGCACCCCCGCAGCAGCAGCAGCAGGGAAAAAUAUCGGUCGUUCCAACGAAUCUGCUACUCAAAACACCAUCAUCACUGCCUACCAGCAGCCUCAGCGCCCCGAUUCAGAUCUUUACCAAACCGACGGUCAGCCUAGCAGCAGCUGCCGGCGCAUCCACGCUGAAGCCGCCAACGAUGGGCAUAGGGACGGGUGCACCGACGGCCGGGGCACCGAUGAAGCUUCUGCUCGUCAAUACCGUCGGUAAAGAUGGUACCACCAAGCAGAUACUAACACCGGCUGGCGAUAUGGCCAACCUACCCAAACUGAUGCCUACUACGACGCUGAAGCAGGCGACGACCGGGGUAUCACUGUCGCUAGCCUCGACAAGCGGCACUUCCCCGAUCGUCAGCAUACCGACCGUCAAUGUGCCACCCAACAAAGUGCCAACCAUCACCGGUGUGCAUUCCCUGCCGAAGCACAUUGCCAUCGGUCGUCCUCCGGUACCACCCGGUACCGAGCGUGAAUCUUCCGGGUUCAAAACGCUGCUCACACAGCUCGUAACGAUUCAGCGCGAAAAUCUGGCACUCAAUCAGGAACGGUUGGCGCUCGAGAAGGAACGGCUCGAGUUUGAGACCAAGUUCGGUGGAUCGUUCGUCAGCAUGGUCCAGAACAUGAGUACCUUCUUCUCGAACAUGCUUAAACAUCAGCGACAAGAUGUGGUACAAUCGAAGCAGCCGGUGUUACCGCCUAAGGAAGUGGCACCGGUGACAAAACAAACAACGGAGACAAAACCGGUGGAGAGCAAGAAAUCGGAGAACAAUGAUUCCUCUUCCGCAGCCGCUAGUGAAUCGCGGUCGCAAGAAACCGUAUCGGCGCUUGGCUCGAAGCAACCGGCUGCACCUGUAGCCACCACACUGACCAUUAACAGUACGUCAGUGGCCGUUGAAUCAUCGGUCCCGUCAUCGGCACCGGUCGGAAAGCAGCCGCUUCCGGCGCCACCUGCAUUGACGCCGCUGGUGGCUAACGCGAGCAAACCUAAUGCCGAUGAGAGUGUCGGUACGCCGUUGCCCAAGAAGCGUCGUAUGAUGACGCGCAACGCGACCCAACCGGCCACGAGCACCACGGAUGAUGCAUUGAAAACGGAAGUGAUCAGCGACAAUGACGACCAUUAA